AAGGAGAUUAUGAUGCUCUUGCUUGAGAAACGAGGGGCAGAAGUGGUAAUCACGGAAGAGGUGGUGAAGGCAGCGGCGGAGAAUCGGUAUAGUGGAAAGGAGAUUAUGAUGCUCUUGCUUGAGAAACGAGGGGCAGAAGUGGUAAUCACGGAAGAGGUGGUGAAGGCAGCGGCGGAGAAUCGGUAUAGUGGAAAGGAGAUUAUGAUGCUCUUGCUUGAGAAACGAGGGGCAGAGGUAGUAAUUACAGAGAGGUGAUCAAAGCCGCCGCUACAAUUGGGCAAGAACAAGUUCUACAUAUCAUCGAUACACAUCUCAAGAUGCUACCAUGUCAGGAAAAGUGGUUCACGAUUGCUCAAUUCUACAACGCAGCCGAACUUAGGCAAAAAAAAUAAAAUUCAAAGAUUGUUAAAAAGAGGGGUCGAGUCGGAUCUUUCAAACCCUAGAAAGGUGACACCUCUCUGGAUCGCUGCCACGAAUGGUCAUAUCGAGGUAGUCCGAUUACUCCUUGAGACUAAAUCCGUCAAUGUCAAUGCCACUAGUGUUUCCGGACGAUCACCUAUCUUCUAUCCAGCCGUAAAUGGGCAUGAAGAGAUUGUGAAGCUCUUGUUAAAUACCGAGGCAAAUCCGACCUUUAUAGAUACUGAAGGCGAUACUGCGCUUUUGGUUUCUUAACGAUAUGGAUAUGGUAAGAUGGUGGAUAUGUUAAGUGCUUGGAGGUAACCUUAAAGCUUCUUAGGAUUUUAUAUUCCCCAUUCUAAUCCCUUUCCAAUUGGCCAAAAUGUAGAUGUUCGAAUCAUCAUGGGGUUUUUGAAGUUAUUAAUGGUAUUAUACUAGUUUUGUCAUUAAUGCUUAA